AUUAACUUGCUCUUCCAAGUAUACAUAUAAAAUCGUAACUUUCGAUAUGAUGGCUAAAAUAAGAACCUUAUAAUAGGUUUACAGUUCAAUAGAAUGACCGGGAAACAUCACGUGUGUUGAAAUCAAUAUAAAUCAUGUUCAUAUAAAAGGGAACUCCUCAUAUUAUUACAGUUACAACAUUAAUUAACAUGGACUCUGCAGAGGAACCACAAAGUGCAGCCCAACCAGACGACAUUGUAGCUGUGAAGUUUACGACUAAGUUCGAUAAUUUGAUUCCAGCGCUAUCAAUAUUUAAGAAUCAUGAUGUUAGUAUUAGUCAUGUUGAAUCGCGUCCAUCAAAAGAGUUCAAAGAGUUUUAUGACUUCAUGGUUGUACCAACAACACGAAUGAAUGGUUUACAAUCGGCUAUUGAUGAACUGAAGAAAAUAGGCAAAGGUGUCACCAUAGUUGGUGAAGAAAUAUGGAUCCCAAAACACGUUUCGGACCUAGACAGAUUUGUAGACAAAGUUCUGAGCGCUGGAGCGGAACUUGAAGCAGACCAUCCUGGAUUUACAGAUGCUGUAUACAGGGAGAGAAGAAAAUACUUUGCAGAUAUAGCUAAAAAUUACAAACAUGGAGAAUCUAUUCCACGUGUAGAGUAUAGGGCGGAUGAAGUCAAAACAUGGAAUUCCAUCUACACUAAAUUAACAGCACUGUAUCCAAAACAUGCUUGUAAAGAAUUCCUUGAAGCAUUUCCACUCCUACAGGAGAAAUGUGGAUAUGGUCCUGAUAACAUUCCACAGCUGGAAGAUAUAUCAAACUUUCUGAGGGAUCGUUCCGGAUUCUCGUUACGACCAGUAGCUGGUUUGCUAUCAUCAAGAGACUUUCUGGCAGGAUUAGCUUUUCGUGUCUUUCAUGCAACACAGUAUAUUAGACAUGGUUCGAAACCACUCUAUACACCCGAACCAGACGUUUGCCAUGAGUUGCUUGGUCACGUACCCAUGUUUGCAGAUCCUGAUUUUGCACAGUUUUCACAAGAAUUAGGAUUAGCCAGUUUGGGAGCUGCAGAAGAUGAUGUAAAAAAACUUGCAACGUUGUACUGGUUCACAAUAGAGUUUGGGCUCUGUCGUGAAGGAAAAGAUGUGAAGGCGUAUGGUGCUGGAAUUCUGUCUUCAUUUGGAGAAAUAGAAUACUGUCAGACAGAUGAACCAGAGAGACGGGAUUUUGAGCCAGAAAAAGCAGCUAUUCAGGAAUAUCCUAUUACUAGGUUUCAACCAAUAUACUAUGUUGCUGAUUCAUUUAAGUCUGCUAAAGAUAAAAUGAAAGAUUAUGCAUCUAAGAUUCCUCGCUCAUUUAAUGUGCGUUACAACCCUUUCACCAAAAGGAUAGAUGUUAUCGAUGGGAAAAAGGGAGUAGUUACUCUAGUCAAAGAAUUGCAAGGUGAAGUCACCAUGAUUCAGGAUACACUUACAAAGAUUGGAAGUUUUAGACAGUAAAUGGUUUACGAUUUAUAACAUUUUGAUAACUUUCCGAACAAUACCAUUGCGAUGCAAAGUCUUGGGUGAAUAUCACCAUGAGAGAUGUUCAUAUCAUCAUACGUUAGUAUGCAUUAAUACUGAAAUACACUGCAUUGUUCUUUUAAGUUUUGUAAUCUCCUGUGCUAUAGAUUCUACCGUUCAGUUUAUUGAUAGCGUUUGAUUAUGUCAGUUUUUAGGGACUUCCCCCUUUUUGAAUUUGCCUUGUAGUUCAUAAUUGUUUUAUACAUUUCUACCACUUUAUAUCUAUCAAGGUACUAUUUGAGAGACAAUUUCUUUUUUUCAACCUCUAAAGCACGAGGCUUCUAUGACUUUUAAUGUAAUUAAAUUUAUUCUUCCGAUAGGGAGACUUUUCGUGCAAUGGGUUGUUUUUUUUAUGAAUUGGAUACAAUGAUGUGAAUUUUAAUGUUAAGACAUUUUUUUAUGAAUAUAAUUGCGUUUACAAAUAUGAAGCAUUUAUAAGUUUUCUUAUUGGUGUGAUAAUGAAAAAGAAUAAAAAUCAAGAAAAGGGUGUGUACAGACUUCAUUAUUAUUUUGUUGGUUUUUCAUAUAAAAUGUUUUAUAAAUUCUACGAAAGAAACAGUGUGCCCUAGUCCUCCCCCAGGAAAAUAACAAAUCCUCCCGCAAUAUAUAUACCGAAGAGAAAAUAAUAUAUAAAUUUUCAUUUUUCAAAAUAAUAAACGAAAACACGUGAAAAGAUAAGAGAACAAGCAACCAAUAGAGAUUAAACAGGUAAAGGAGCGAAAAUGAAUGAAUAUUAAAAAAGAAAAUUGUUGUCCAUUUAAAAAAAAUAAUUUCUUUAAGUAUUAUAAGAGUGGAUUUCAUUUAAUUUUUUUUUAUGUUUUUGCCUUGCAAUUAGUACAAUAGCAACUAUUUUAUUCAUUUUUUUGAAAAGAUGACUGUGUCUUCUUAUGUGCAGGUGUUCCUAAGCUAAUUUUUUCGUCCAUAAUAAUUUACUUUUGGGGCUUUCUUGUUGUUUUUUUUAGCAUUUUACGCCUUCAGACGUCAAAUACAUGUAUCUGAAACCAAUAAAUGCAAAAUACUAUAUGAGGCAUCAAAUUCACUUCCGAUUGUUCAAAUUUUGUAUCAUGAACAAUUUGGCUGUGCCAAGGAGAUCGCUAUAUUCUAUCAUAAUUUGUUAGCUUUAAAGAUCUGUCAUUACAAAAAAGGAGUCCUAUUUUCAUAUUGUAUAUUUACACAUACAUUAGUAUUUACAUGUAGAUUAUUUCAACUUUUGUAUUUACGUACGUUAUUUUGUUACUUAUUUAUGUAGUAAAAUGUUUUAUCAUAUCA